AUGAAUGUGAAUGAAGGAGAUAAAUUCAUUUACAAAAUGAAGUCAAAUAAAAAAAACAAAGCUAAAAAAGAAACGAGAGGAAGGAAGUAAAAAAAGAAAGGAAAAAUCAAAAAAGAAAAAGAUCAAUCAAUUGAUAAGAGAGGGCAUUUUAGUAUCUAAAUAUUGCUUCAAAGCAAAAAAAUUAAUCGAAUAUCAAGAGAUAAAAAUAUAUUAAUAUAAAGUAAAGAAAAAAUUAAUUAAAAACAAAAAUCAGAAAUAAUGAGCUUAUUAUCUCACCAAGCUUGCACUUACGCUGUCCUUCUUCUUUCCGAUGAUGGUCAAGCCAUCACCGUUGACAACAUCAACAAGGUCCUCACUAAGGCUAAGGUCUAAAACGUCGAAAAGUACUUACCCAAGCUUUACGUCUCCAACAUUACUCCCGCUGUCAUCGCCUCUACUAUUGCUAACGGUGGUUCUUCUUCCAGUGGUUCUGCUCCCGCUGCCGCCGCUGUUGCCAAAGAAGCUCCCAAGGAAGAAAAGAAGGCUGAAGUCAAGGAAGAAAAGAAGGCUGAAAAGGAACCCGAAGAAGAUCUCGAUAUGGGUGAUCUCUUUGGUUGA